AUGGACUCUGCCCAGAAUAAACCUCAUAGGAGCACGUCCAGAAAGUCCGCCAAGGACAGGAUGAAAGCCUCGGGGUCUAACCCUAAGGCAUUCGCCGUGUCCGCCCCAGGGAAAAUGCUAAAAGGGAUCCAAAGGUCCGCAGACGUCACCGAAAAGAAGUACCAUGUGCCAAUGGUCAAUAGGCUUCCUGAUGAUGAGGAACCUCCAGUGAUUGUUGGGGUCGUCGGUCCAUCUGGUGUUGGGAAAUCUACCCUUGUGAAGUCUUUGGUUAAAAGAUUCACAAAAACCUCGAUCUCCGAAAUCAAAGGUCCGAUAACCAUGGUGUCUGGUAAACGUCGUCGUAUAACGGUGAUUGAGGUCAAACCUGAUUUAAACAGUAUGACUGACGCCGCAAAGAUUGUUGAUUUGGUCCUUCUUAUGAUUGACGGGAAUUAUGGUCUCGAAAUGGAAACUUUUGAAUUCCUCAAUCUUGCCCAACAUCACGGGAUGCCAAAAGUCAUUGGGUGUGUCACCCAUUGUGAUUUAUUCAAGACCCAAUCAGCACUCCGUGCUCAAAAGAAAUUACUCAAACAUCGUUUCUGGACAGAAGUUUACAAAGGUGCCAAGCUUUUCUACCUCUCCGGGGUGAUCAAUGGUCGUUAUCCGGAUCGUGAAAUCCUCAAUUUAUCUAGGUUCAUCUCAGUCAUGAAAUUCCGUCCUUUAAAAUGGCGUAAUGAUCAUCCAUAUUUGCUUGUUGAUAGAAUUACCGAUUUGACCCCUCCUCAAGACAUUGCUGCCAAUACCAAGAUCGAUCGGAAAAUCGCAGUAUACGGUUACGUUCAUGGUUCGAAUCUUAAAGAAGACUCGACUGUGCACAUUGCCGGGCUUGGUGAUUAUAAACUUUCCAAAGUUGAGAAGCUUCCUGACCCAGUGCCAACUCCAUACAUGGAGCAGAAGAUUACUGAAUACGAAAUUGAGCAAGCCAAAAUAGCUACUGCUAAUGGAGAAGCCGUGGCCCCAAGAAAACAUAGACGUAAGAGACUUGAAGAAAAACAGAAAAUCAUUUAUGCUCCAAUGUCUGAUGUUGGCGGGGUUUUAAUUGAUAAGGAUGCAGUUUAUAUUGAUGUUGGUAUGAAACAUCAUGGUGAAGGGAAAUUGGUUGAUGAUUCCAAGGAUAAAGAAUUAGAAACUAAGUUGAUUGGUGAAUUGGUGGCCAAAAAAUCCAAUGAUGAUACUACUGAACAAAAAUCGUCUGGAUUUGGGUUACAAUUAUUCGAAGGGGGUGAAGUGCUUCAUGGUGCUGAUAAUUCUGAUAAAGAGGAAGAUAAUGAAGAAGUUGACGAUGAUGAAGAUUUACUCUCAGAUUUCGAGGGUGAAUUAUCAGAAGAUGAGAAUGAACGUGGCAACAUUGGUCGUUCCUCCUUACGUAAAAUCAAUAAGUUGAGAUCUUCUAAACCAGAAAAUGGUACUGAUCAGUUUGAAUUGCAAGAAGAUACAGAAUUUAACUUGAGUGACGAUGAAGAUGAUAAAUUCUCUGAUUGGCGUGCCACUGGGGCUAAGUUACAAGGUGUCUUAGGCAAAAAAAGAUACGAUAUCAAUAAGCUUCUAUACGAUGAUGAAGUCUCCCCAGAAGAAGCCAUUGAGAAAUGGAAAGGUGAAUUUUCCGAAGAAGAACCAGAAAGUCAAGACGAAGAUGAUGAAGAAGAUUUCUUCGCCAAGAAGGAGACCGUAAUGGUGGAAGAUAAUAUCGAUCGUUCAAAACCUUCAUUUGCUUCUGUGGAUGAAUUAACCAAGAAGUGGGACAUGGCUGAAGAGAAUUUUGCAAAGUUGAAAAAGAAAUAUUUCUUCUUAUCACCUCGUGAAAGACUCAAACAAGUGGAUGGUGAAGAAAGUGAAGAAGAAAGCGACGAAGACAAUCAAAAAGUUACCGAAAAAGACGAUGAUUUUGCCGAUUUUGACGCCGAGGAAUCCAAGGGUGAUUAUGAUGCUCCAGAGGAAUCCGAUGAACAAAAGCUUAGCGUUCAAGAACGUCGUUCCCGUCUUGCUAAAAAGAAGGAACAGCUUCGAUUACAAUUUGAAGCAGAAGAUGAUGAAUUUGGUGGCAAAUAUAAAGAAAAGGAAGAACUCAAUGAAUAUGAAUCAUGGUAUGAAUUCCAAAAGGCUAAAAUGUCCAAACAAUUAGAAAUCAACAAACUUGAACUUGAAAAAAUUGAUGAGGAGACUCGUAUCAAGAUGGAUGGUUAUAAGGCAGGGACUUAUGUGAAGAUCACCUUCCAUUCAUUACCAUGUGAAUUCAUGGAGAAUUUCGAUCCAUGUUACCCAGUUAUUCUUGGUGGGCUCUUGUCAACCGAAAUGGACUUUGGGAUGUUGAGUGUCCGUGUUAGAAAACAUCGUUGGCACAAGAAGAUUCUUAAAUCGAACGAUCCGAUCAUUUUAUCGCUUGGUUGGAGAAGAUUCCAAACUUUACCAAUCUACACCACUUCCGAUUCUAGAACGCGUACUAGAAUGUUGAAAUAUACUCCAGAGCAUGCUUAUUGUCAAGCCACAUUCUAUGGUCCUUUGGUCACCCCAAACACCACCUUCUGUGCCUCUCAGGUUGUUGCUGACAGUGAUACCGGUACUGGGUUCCGUAUCGCUGCUUCAGGGGUGGUUGAAGAAGUCAAUAGUAGUGUAGAGAUUGUCAAAAAAUUGAAACUUGUUGGGUAUCCAUACAAGAUCUUCAAAAAUACCGCUUUCAUCAAGGAUAUGUUUUCUACAGCCAUGGAAGUUGUGAAAUUCGAAGGGGCGGCUAUCAAGACCGUCAGUGGGAUCCGCGGUGAAAUCAAGAGAGCGUUAACGUCAUCCGAGGGACAUUAUCGUGCGACAUUUGAGGAUCGUGUGGUAUUAAGUGACAUUGUCUUCCUCAAGACUUGGUACCCUGUCAAACCUAAGAAAUUCUAUAAUCCUGUCACCUCGCUUGCCUUGAAGGACAAGAAUGAAUGGAAAGGGAUGCGUAUUACUGGGAGAAUCAGAGCCGAAAAAGGGUUGAUGACCCCAGCUAAUGCCAACAGUGCUUAUGGUAAGAUUGAAAGAAAGAAGGUCAAGUUUAAUCCAUUACACGUUCCUAAGGCUGUGCAAAGUGACUUGCCAUUCAAAUCCCAAAUCUCACAAAUGAAGCCACAAAAGAAAAAGACUUAUCUUCAAAAGAGAGCGGUGAUUCUCAAUGGUGAGGAAAAGAAAACGAGAACUUUGGUGCAACAAUUGAAUACCCUCAAGAAGGAAAAGGAUUCUAAGAAGAGAGCCAAGAAGGAUGAGAAGAAUCAAGUGAGAAUCAAGAAGUUACAGAAGGCCGAGAAAGAAAAGGCUGAGAAGGUUAGAGAGAGAAAGAAGGAAUAUUUUGCCAAGAACGGUAAAAGAGGAAUGUCACAAGAAGGUGGUGGUGGUAAGAGAGCCCGUAAUUGA